CCCGAGGAGCCCAGCUGAGUUUCAAGAUAUAAAAGCAACUUCGGGUGCCCCCUUUCCAGCCGGGACGUCUUAAAGGGCUCGGAGCCGGGCAGCUCCCCGCGCCGCAGCGCCUGCUUCCCCUUCGCUCCUCUCUGGCCCUCCCUCCUCCCGCCCCCUCGCUCCCUCCCCCAGCGCGCUCCAGCCUCCGAUCUCCAGUAGCUCCGAGACAGCUUUCCAGGAUUAUGGAGUUUCUGAGCGAGAAGUUUGCCCUCAAGAGCCCACCGAGUAAAAACAGUAACUUUUACAUGGGCGCAGGAGGCGCGUUGGAGCACGUUAUGGAGACGCUGGACAAUGAGUCCUUUUACAGCAAAGCGUCGGCGGGCAAAUGCGUGCAGGCCUUCGGGCCCCUGCCCCGCGCCGAGCAUCACGUGCGCCUGGAGAGGACCUCGCCCUGUCAGGACGGCAGCGUGAACUAUGGGAUCACUAAAGUAGAAGGACAGCAGCCUCUUCACACCGAACUAAAUAGAGCUAUGGACAACUGUAACAGUCUCCGGAUGUCUCCCGUGAAAGGGAUGCCAGAGAAGGGAGAACUGGAUGAACUUGGGGAUAAAUGUGACAGCAACGUAUCCAGCAGUAAGAAACGGAGACACCGAACCACCUUUACCAGCUUGCAGCUGGAGGAGCUGGAAAAGGUCUUUCAGAAAACCCAUUACCCGGAUGUAUACGUCAGAGAACAGCUUGCUCUGAGGACUGAGCUGACUGAGGCCAGGGUCCAGGUUUGGUUUCAAAAUCGAAGGGCCAAGUGGAGAAAAAGAGAACGUUAUGGCCAAAUCCAGCAAGCUAAAAGCCAUUUUGCUGCCACCUAUGACAUAUCAGUUUUGCCAAGGACUGACAGCUAUCCACAGAUUCAGAACAAUUUGUGGGCAGGAAAUGCGAGUGGUGGUUCUGUGGUCACUUCAUGCAUGUUACCACGUGACACUUCCUCCUGUAUGACACCUUACUCUCACUCGCCUCGGACAGAUUCCAGUUACACAGGGUUUUCAAACCACCAGAACCAGUUCAGCCACGUGCCCCUCAACAAUUUUUUCACUGACUCUCUUCUUACCGGGGCUACCAAUGGACAUGCAUUUGAAACAAAGCCAGAGUUUGAAAGGAGGUCCUCCAGUAUCGCAGUCCUUCGAAUGAAAGCCAAGGAGCACACUGCCAAUAUUUCAUGGGCCAUGUAACAUACAGUACUCUUUUCUUUUUCUCUUAAUGGCAAAGUAAAACAUUCUUAUUUCUCAUAUUUAAAGGAUACCACAAUAAGCUGCUGUGUGUGGAAUUGCUAAAGGUCAAGAUAUACAGUGAGACCAGCUUAAAUGAAUAGUUGUUAUUAUUUAACAUUAAAAUCUAAGAAUGAACCUCUGAAAAGACUAAAUAGGUUUACCAUGCAUCCGUCUCCACAAACUCUGUUUUAGUAGUAAGAUUUUUUUUCUAUUGUACGAGUCAAUGAAAUAUGAUCAUGCAGCUUCUGAAAAGAAUAAAUGUAUUAAACAA